AUGUCGGUGAGUACUCAGACCAGGAGGAAACGUACAAGGACUAACAAUUCUAAUAUGGAUGGAGUCAACGAUACUGGGGCUGAUUCGUUGCUGGAAGGUAUGCUGGCGAGACAGAGCUCUUUUUUGCAACACAAUUUGAAGGAGGGACUGAAUUUUGCUGAUGGUGAUAAUCACGCAACGGUUCAUAAUGAACCGCCUUUCAUUGAUAAUGAGAACGCCAUUGUGGACUUGGAUCAUACCAAGGUCGAUGCUAUUGGCGAGGAAGAUGACGACGAGAACGUGGAGGAUGAUGAUUUGAUCUUUAUCAAGGAACAGCCUGUUCAUUUUACUUCGCCAACUAUCUCUGGAGCAGGCAACUAUACCUCUACUACCAGUAAGAAAUUCAAGAAGCAAAGAACUAUUUCCUUGCCGCAACUUCCCCAUGCCAAGUUAUUAUAUCAGGCUAUGCAAGAGACCCCUCGGGUGCAAAAGAAUGAUGAGCUUUUGCAUCUGACGGGUUCUACUUCAAUGACGUUGGAUGGUAACAGGAACGUCAAUUUGCGAGUAAUUCGCAGUCCCUCGCCAUCGAAUAACGAUCCAUUCUAUGAUUCUUCCGUUUCACCAACUGCUGAAUGUUCAGCUGGUUCUGCAUCCUCGGACUCGGAUUCGGCCAUGGGUACGGAAUUCAACCAUACUGAAAACGUCAAUAGACAAAAGAGAUCCUUACGAAGGCUUUCUGCACCAAGGCUUGCUGCCAAAUUGGUCGGUAAGAAGGCGAAGACGAAAAAAAGGGAAAAUUUUAAAACUGAUAAAGAUGGCCACUACGUUUAUCAGGAAGGAGAUGUCUUUGGAGGCAGCCGAUUUGUUGUAAAACAAUUACUGGGUCAAGGAACUUUCGGCAAAGUUUUGAAAUGUAGAGAUAUCGCCAGCGGUACUGGUGGAGGUAUAGAUACUAACACUUUCCACACUUGGAACUCGACUGGUUCGGCGCAACCGAGGUAUGUGGCGGUGAAGGUUAUCAGAGCUAUCGACAGGUAUAGAGAAGCUGCAAAGACGGAGCUUAGGGUUUUACAGGCAAUUUAUGAGAAUGAUCCUCACGGCCAGUACCAAUGUUUGAUUUUGCAAGAAUGUUUCGACUAUAAGAACCACAUUUGUAUCGUCACAGAUUUGCUGGGAAGAUCUGUGUAUGAUUUCAUGUGCAGCAACGGUGUGGCAAGGUUUCCGGGGUCGCAUGUGCAGGCUAUGGCCAAGCAGUUGAUUCGGUCAGUUUGCUUCCUUCACGAUUUGGGUAUCAUUCACACAGAUCUGAAGCCGGAAAACGUUCUUUUGUGCGAUGAAAGCUCUAUGGAGAAGAGCCUCCCAUUGUCAGUUGUCAGAUCAAUGAGUGCAAGGCGAAAGGAGGCUAGUGGCGGUAAGAGGAAAUUUUUGACUAAUCCUGAGAUUAAGAUAAUUGAUUUCGGUAGCGCUGUCUUUCACAACGAAUACCAUCCACCGGUAAUAUCCACUCGCCACUAUAGAGCACCUGAGAUUGUCCUGGGCUUGGGAUGGUCCUUCCCGUGUGAUAUUUGGUCUAUUGCAUGUGUUUUAGUUGAGUUGGUCACUGGUGAAUCGCUAUAUCCAAUACAUGAAAAUCUAGAGCAUAUGGCAAUGAUGCAACGUAUCAACGGCGAGCCAUUUCCACCACAUAUUGUAGAGAAGAUGCUUUACAAAUCGGCUCACAAAUUAGGGAAUUCUCCUUCAGAUUUGAACGCCACAGUGAUUAAGCAUUUUGAUACCAAUUCGCUAACGUUACAAUGGCCCGAGAAAAACAAGAGAGGUGACUAUAUCACAAAGGAAAAAUCGAUAAAGCGGGUUAUGGGCUCAUGUGACAGAUUGGACAUUCAUAUCUCUAAGAAGAUAAGGGCCGAUUACGGUGAUUGGUUUAGCAUAAAUUGGAAUCUAACUCCAGAGAAAAAUUGGAGUUUGAUAAAGUCAAAACUUUUGAGCGAAAGAAGGCAUGAUGGGGUUGUUUCAGGUGAUUUGAAUAAGGAGACGUUUUUAUUUUGGUAUUGGUUUGUCGAUCUUUGUCGUAAGAUGUUUGAAUUUGAUCCUACAAAAAGAAUCACGGCAAGACAAGCAUUGGAACAUGAAUGGUUUAAUUUGGGUAUUUUGGAUGAAGGGAUCACCUGCUUUGGUAAAUUUUAA